AUGUCAUCCAAAAGUAAUUCCAUUACUAUCAAAGGUAAAGUGGUUUUUAUUGGUGAUUCGUCAGUUGGGAAAACAAGUAUCAUUAACUACUACAAUCAAAUUAACGAAGAGCCACAACCAACUGUUGGGGCUAACUCAAUUCAAUGCAAUAUCAUGUUAAACGAGAAAAGAGUUCGAGUUAACAUAUGGGAUACUGCUGGCCAAGAAAAUUAUCAAUGCUUAGUACCAAUGUUUGCCAGAUGUUCAUACGUCGCUGUUAUCGUUUUCGAUACAACUAAUCUAGACUCAUAUAAUAACAUCUCUCUUUGGUUUAAAUACGCUAAAUUUGAUUGCAAUGUGCCACAUAUUUUAUUAGUUUCUAAUAAAAACGAUCUUGACACUGUUAUCACAGCUGAACAGAUUAACGAACUUAAAGAGAAAUUUAGAUGUCCAAUAUUUUUCACUUCUGCUAUUACCGGAAAAAAUAUUGAAAAUCUUUUCAGAGAAAUAGCUGAAAUUGUUGAUCAAGAAGAUCCUGAAGCCACUGCUAUGGAAGAACAAUCCGUUACUUUUAAUGAAGCCUUGCAAUCUGAGAAAAAGAGGAAAUGUUGUUAA